AACAGUCGAUUUAUUACAAUGUUUCUCAUAAUCCGGAUAAAACUGAAGAUUUAUUUAGACCCGACACUAAAACUAGACUAUAGUUAAGAGAGAGAUUCGUUUAGAGUUUUGAUAGUGUACAAAACAAUAGAGAAUAUGUAUUAAUACAUACGAAUCGGCUCAGCCUUCAACUUAACGAUCCGAGCCGAGGAACCGAUUCAUCACCGGCGCUGACCGGAAGUGUGUGCGGUGUUCGUGUCGUGUAUAAUCAGCCCACAGAGGCGUUUGGUGGAGAUGAAGCGGAAGCGCGCGGAGAAGCGCCGCCAUGUCGUGGCCUGGAUGAACAAAGCGGAGUGGGAGCAGGUGGUGGACUACCUUCACUCCCGCGAGCCCGGAUUACAGACCCACGCGCUGCACAGGAUCACCGCGUGGAAGGCGAGGUUUGGACCCACUACCCCGGUCGCUGUAGAGAGCACAGCCAAUCUGGUGCGCUGUCAGAUUCUGGAUCGGAGUGGGAAACUGGAGCAAGAUGAUCUGGUGCUGCUGUACGGCAUGGCACUGACCAGAUUUGUUAAUCUCAUAUUGGAGCGAAAACACGGUCGAGUGGCCAGAUCACUGCGACACCUCGCCAGCACCAUCAAUAUUCCAGAAUGGAUUGUGAAUCUGAGACAUGACAUCACACACCGCAGACUUCCCACACUCACAUGGUGCCGCAAAGGGUGUGAGUUUGUGUUGAACUGGCUGCAGCAGCAGUUCUGGUCUCGGCAGCUCAGCAGUCUGUCAGACUGGAACUCUUCAUCGGAGGAAGAGGAGGAUGAAGAAGAAAGGAUGAAAAGACAGGAGGAGGAACUGAUUCAUAAACAGAAAGAGAUUGAGAAACACAAGAGAGCGAGAGAGCUGCUAAUCUCCUAUGAACGUGAACAGUUCCAGGUGUAUGAUGAGAUGUUAAAGCGAGGGUCUGGUAGAGGUUCAUGGCCCAACGCCAGCGCAGACCUCAGCUGGAUUCUUGCACAGAUACAACAACUCAACUCAGAGGGCAGAGAUGCAGUUAUUAACACGUUAGUGCAGGAUGGGUUUCUGAUCCCAACAACAGAGCAGCUGGAGUCCCUUAAUAUCGACCCAUCAGAGGAGCUGUUGGACCAAUCAUCUCCAUGUGUUCCUGCUGAGUUCCUCCGUUUCUGGCUGCCGCUGCUGAAGGUUCUGAACUCGAACUCGUUUAUGAACCAGCUGCUGGAGAAGCUUUUCUCUGAACUCUCUAAUGAGCUGACCAAUCACAGAGCUUAUUACUCUUCAGCCUGGAUCUCCGAGAUUCUCCACUGCAACUGCAGGAAUGAGUCGAAGACCUUCAGGAGGAUGAGGAUGAUGAAGGAGCGGUUGUUUGUCAGUAGAGUGUCGCUCCGAUGGCAGGAGCUCAUAUCAGUGUGUAUAAAGGCUCCAUGUGCUGCUACACCGUUCUUGCUGCAACAGAUUUUGAUUGACAUGGAUAAGCCCCUCCCACUGGACACACAGCGCAACUUGCUCCGCCUCUGCACCAUCUACACACAGAGUCACCUUGACAACGUGUCCCCUACCAGGCUUGACUCCUCCCACCCUGUCUACACCAUUGAGAGCCUACAGGAGAGAGUGGGUGGGGCCAGGGAAGACAGACACACCCACUCACCUGACAGAGCAACAGAAUUAUCCAAGGCUCCGCCCACACAGGAAGUGCAGGACCAGCUGAGAGCAGAAACGGUGCAGGAACGAAACGCGGCGUUACGAGGGUCAGCGUGGAGUGUGUGUACAGAUCAGGUCUCCUGGAAGCAGAACCCUCUGGGGAAGGUUCCUGGUCAGUCAGACGAUCCGUCGUGUCUGAUGUUGGAGACGUACUGCACGCUGACGGUGUUCGACCAGCAGGUCAAAGGUCACGGUCACCACGGCAACCAGAGCAUGCCACUUCAGAGCAGAAUUGGAUCAGACGGGCCGCUGUGGACUCACAACGACAUCACCAAGCUCAAAGCUGGACUAAAACUCUUCUAAAACACACACACACACACACACUCGGAGUGUAUAUUACAGUGUAACGUGUCACAUGCAUGUGUUCUGAAUUUUUUAUAUUAAAUUCUCAAAUGUAUCAACAA